AGGUAGGUUCUGCGCUUGCGCCACCGUUGUCCGCCUCCUGCCCUAGAGAAGGCAUCCCUCACCCCACCCCCACGCUGGCGGAGAACUCCGGAAAUUUACCCUUCCACCCGGAAAUGUUUGUUGAGGAACAUGGCGCUGUUGUGUCGAGUCCUUAAUGGCCAACUUGGUGUAACACAGUGGGUAACAGCAUGCAACCGAUUGACACCUUUACUUCUUUCCCAAGGCCGGUGGCUCCAGACAUCCUCUGGCUUUUUCCAGUGGCCCCAGAGGAGUCUUUCCCAAGUGCAUGGUGGGCCAGAACAGAUCAUUGAAACAGGUCCACAACCAAACAGGACAUACCAUACUACAAGCCAGCUUCUAAUUCCCAGUGACUCCCCAAAACCCAUUGAAGAGAAGGUUGGUGCCCUCACAAAGAUAAUAGAAGCCAUGGGAUUCACAGGACCAUUGAAAUACAGUAGAUGGAAGAUUAAGAUUGCUGCUCUGCGCAUGUACACUAGCUGUGUGGAGAAAACCGACUUCGAGGAAUUCUUUCUAAGGUGCCAGAUGCCUGAUACAUUCAACUCUUGGUUUCUUAUUACUCUGCUUCAUGUCUGGAUGUGUCUUGUUCGGAUGAAGCAGGAAGGCCGUUCAGGGAACUACAUGUGUCGCAUCAUAGUUCAUUUUAUGUGGGAGGACGUUGAGCAGCGUGGCAGAGUCAUGGGGGUAAAUUCCUAUGUCCUGAAGAAGAAUAUGCUACUCAUGACAAAUAGUUUCUAUGCAGGAAUCUUGGGAUAUGAUGAGGGAAUCUUAUCAGAUGAUCGUGGACUGGCUGCUGCUCUCUGGAGGACUUUUUUUAACCAGAAAUGUGAUGACCCUCGGCAAUUAGAGCUACUGGUGGAAUAUGUGAGGAAACAGAUGCAGUACCUGGAUUCCAUUAAUGGUGAAGAACUUCUCCUAACUGGAGAGGUAUCUUGGCGCCCUCUUGUGGAGAAAAAUCCCCAAAGCAUUAUGAAACCCAAAUUGCCAACAUACAAUGAUGAAGGUCUCUGAGGGGUGGCCCUUCCAAGCUACGGAGCAGCUGCCCUUGUGAAGAAGCUAGGCACAAGGUACCUGCCGCCCCUGGGCCCAGCAGGAAGAGGCCGGAUUAACCAUUGAACAACAUCUGUAAAACACCUGGCCCCUGUUUGUGUUGAUUUCCCUUUUAAUGUGCCCAGGAGUUGGCCUGGGGGGUACUGGGUGGGGCCACUGUGCAGCAGGGUGUUGGGAGACAUACAAGCUGUCUCAAGAAACUCACUGGGAAAGAGCUUUUCCCUCCAAGAAAUCCUACAGGGGACCCCCCCCCCCAAACUCCCAGACGGCUGUGUGUGUAUCCUUUCCCCAGGGCCCUUAAUGGGGAGGUGGAAGCAGAAGGUGCCCCCAGCCCUGGGCCUUCUCUUCUCCUGGAACUCUUUGCAGUGCUAUUGAGAGCAGAUGGGUUGGGAUGUAUCUGUCCCUCCAUGAAGCAUAGCAUUGAGUUGGGAAUUAAAAGAAAUAGAGUAUUAA